AUGGCGCAGUCAACCGUCCCAUGUUAUUUACCCAAAUUUGGUGCUACGUAUGAUGGCCCGAAACGCCCUAUCUCCAUGAAACUGCGAACGGAUACUCGUCAAAGCUCUGGAUUGCUGUCCGCAUGGCGCGAAGGCCAAUUGAGCCACUUGUUACAGGCCUCGUGGGCCCUACUUCUACAUCGCUACACAGGCUCUGAAGAUAUCUGCUUUGGCUACCAUCAGAUUGGUAACGAGUCUCAAGAUUUAGUACAAUCUUUGGAGGCUGUGGAUCCUGCCAUCCUCAAAUUAUCAGUCAAAGAAGGCGUCUCCCUUAAGACGUUUUUCGACCAUGUGAAGACAAACAACUCUAUCGACAGUCCUCCCGAAAUAGACAGAAGCCCGCUCACAGCCUCUGAAAAUGCCCUGCUUUUCAACACAAUUUUGAUGAUACGAAUCUGUCAUGAUUCUAAGGGAACCUCACCCGCCAUCCCACUACCAUCCAGCCUGCCAAUAGCGCUUCCUCAGGAGUGUCGGGUUCGACUACAUGUCAAAGUCCUGCAGGAGGAGGUAAAUAUUUUCUUCGAAUGGUGGAACAAUGACAUGCCCACCGCGCAAAUGAAAAGCAUUGCUGGUGCUUUUGAGCAUAUCCUAGCAGAUCUCCUUACAGCAAAAGAUACAGUAGUGGACGAUCUUGACAUCUUUCCAGAAAAUGAUUGGUCUCGAGUAUGCAAAUUCAAUUCAGUGCUUCCAGAAAAGCACGAACGCUGCAUUCAUGAAGUGAUCCAUGAGCGGACUCUUCUCCAGCCAGAGAAUGAGGCGGUCUGCGCCUGGGAUGGUAGUCUUACCUACAAAGAAUUGGAUUCGCUUUCCUCCAAGGUUGCAUAUGAUCUUCAGGAAAGAGGAGUUGGCCCAGAGGUCUGCGUAGCCCUCUGUUUCGAGAAGUCGAAAUGGAAUAUCGUGGCGACGCUCGCUGUCCUGAAAGCUGGCGGUGCUUUCGUACCUAUGGACCCAACUCAUCCUACAGCACGAUUGCAAUCCCUCGUGCAAGGCGUGCAGGCGCGGAUUAUGCUUUGCUCUCGAAGUCAAGCAGACAAGCUCCAAACGGUGGCAGAAACACUAAUACCGUUGGACGAGCAAACCGUCGAUGGCCUUCCGGGUCUUCCCACAGGUACUUUCUCCUCGGCGACGGUAAAGAGCUCAAACGCAGCAUAUGCCAUUUUUACCUCCGGCUCUACUGGACAACCAAAGGGCACACUGCUGGAGCAUAGAGCAUAUGUUUCAAGUGCGCUGGCUCAUGGACCAGUGUUUGGCUUCAAUCCAUCAACUCGAGUUUUACAAUUUGCAUCGCAUACCUUUGACGCAAGUUUAGUCGAUAUCCUCAGCUCGUUAAUAUUCGGUUGUUGCAUCUGCAUCCCUAGCGAAGAAGCACGUCUGAAUGACAUUGCCGGCGUGAUAAACGAGAUGAAAGUGAAUCAUGCAUCUCUGACACCAUCAUUUAUUGGAUUCCUCGAUCCUGCGGCUGUUCCAGGGCUAGAGGGUCUCGUCCUAGCUGGCGAAGCAAUGUCUCCGCAACAUUUGGCGACAUGGUCUCAUCUCAAGCUUGUGAACGGAUACGGCCCAACAGAGAGUUCUGUUGCAGCUGCCCUCAAUCCUGAUAUGUCUCCUUCUUCAGAUUGCAGGGAUAUUGGCUUGCCAGUCGGAGUGCGCUGCUGGGUCGUAAACCCUGCGAAUCAUGACCAGCUUGUGCCUGUCGGUUGCCCCGGUGAGCUGGUCCUGGAAGGACCAACGCUUGCGCGAUGUUACAUAAAUAACCCACAGAAGACGAACGAAGCAUUUAUUUUCAACCCUUGCUGGACGAAGCGAGAUCCUGCUGGUGGCUCAGACCGAAGGUUUUACAAGACCGGUGAUUUGGUAAGAUACAAUUCCGAAUCUGGAUCGUUAACGUAUUUAGGACGGAAAGACGCACAGGUCAAGUUCCAUGGUCAGAGAGUUGAGCUUGGAGAGAUUGAGAACCAGCUGAGCGCAGACACGGACAUCAAGCACUGCAUAGUGUUGCUUCCCAAGUCCGGGUUCGCACAUGGAAAACUCGUUGCCGUCCUGUCACUGUCCGUUGGCCUUGGAGAGGCACUGGAGACAGAUGCGGUGCCCCUUAAGCUUAUCAAGCAUCGUGAGAAGCUUCAAUAUGUCAAGGAUAUUCGGGAACGAUUGUCAACUAGGCUGCCGACAUACAUGGUGCCCGGAGUCUGGCUAUGUGUCGAGACUUUGCCGUUGCUUGUGUCUGGUAAAUUAGAUCGGAAAUCUAUUACGACCUGGGUUUCGAACAUGUCAGAAAACCCAGAAGUACAUGUUACUGAGGCCGCCAAUACUCGGGCCGCUAACUCGACGGAGGAUCAACUGGCGUCGAUUUGGAGUCGUGUGCUCAACAUACCCAAGGAUCGCAUCGGCGUUGACGAAAGCUUUUUGAGUCUAGGAGGAGAUUCCAUUGCGGCGAUAACCUGUGUUGGCCAUUGCAAAAAGCAAGGCAUUGGCCUUACUGUGCAGGAUAUACUUCGCAGCAAAUCCAUCAGAGAAUUAGCCACACGCGUCAAGGGAGUGACUGAACCGGUAGCCUACCACGAAACGAUCGAGGAACCUUUUGGGCUCUCCCCUAUACAGAAACUGCAUUUUAUGGUUCGCAAGGAAGGCCAGGGCUACUUCAAUCAAAGUGUGCUCACUCGCAUCGACCGCCAGAUCAACGACCAAGACAUGCGCCGCGCAGUCGAGGCAGUGGUCAUGCGCCAUUCCAUGCUUCGAAGCCGGCUAGUCGAUCCCGGUACUGGUAGUUCUUUACAGCAGCGCAUUACUGAGGAUGUCUCUGGCUCGUACCGCUGGCGAACGCAUUAUACAACCUCGCAGAAUGAGAUCGAGAAUGCUAUUGCGGAAAGCCAGUUGUGUAUCAAUGCCUUCGUCGGCCCUGUUUUUGCGGCUGACUUCUGCUAUGUUGACGACGAGUCGCACAAUCUCCUAUCCCUGGUGGCUCAUCAUCUCGUCGUUGACAUAGUCUCGUGGCGUAUCAUUCUGGAGGACUUGGAAGAUUUCCUGCUAAACCCUCAAGGCUUCGUUCUACAGAACAGCUCCCUUCCAUUCCAGACAUGGUGUCGCCUGCAAGAUGAGCAAUGCGAGUCUCUGGUCUCCGAGAAUGGAGUGCAAUUGGAGGAUCUUCCUGCUCCAGAUCUUGCCUACUGGGGAAUGGAGCAUCGUCAGAUGACGUACGGAGAUGUUGUCUGUGAGACUUUCGAGGUUGAUUCGGAUAGCACUCACUCGAUCUUGUUGGAAUGUCAUCAAAGUCUACAGACAGAGCCGGUUGAUCUGUUUCUCGCUGCUCUCCUGCACUCAUUCGGACAGACUUUCCCAGAGCGUACUUUGCCCGUGAUCUACAAUGAAGGCCAUGGCAGAGAAGUGUGGGAUUCGGACUUAGACAUAUCACGGACUGUGGGCUGGUUUACGACCCUUUACCCAAUAUUCGUACCCGAGAUCUUUUCCGAUGAUCCAGCCAGAACUGUUGCCCGUGUCAAAGAUCUGCGUCGGCAGGUGUCUGAUAAUGGCCGACAGAAGUUCGCGAGUCGCAUGUUCACAGGCAAAGGACAGGAGACCUGCCGACACCACUGCCCCCUAGAAAUGACUUUCAACUACGUGGGGCAGCAUCGCGAUCUGCAGAAGCAGGACGGCCUUUUCCAGCUUAUGGGACACAUGGCUGGGGAGACUGGCCAGGGCGGAGGUGCAGCAGAUUUUGGCGAAGAAACUCCACGAUUCGCACUUCUGGAAAUUUCAGCGUUGGUAGUGCAAGGACAACUUCGGUUUACUUUCUCUUUCAACCGGUUCAUGCGGCAUCAAGAUAGCAUUCGCGCCUGGAUAUCACGUUGCUAUCAGCUGCUUGCUUCUCUCGGCCAGAAGCUGCAGUCUCUGGCCCCACAACCUACACUGAGUGAUUUCCCAAUGCUCCCACUCACCUACGAGGAGCUCGACCAGAUGGUUUCAGUGAAGCUACCAAGAGCGGGUAUUACUUCCCUUGAUCUCGUUGAGGAUGUCUAUCCUUGCUCGCGCAUGCAGCAAGGUAUUCUUCUCAGCCAGUCCCGAGACAGCUCGGUUUAUGCUGUGCAUGAUACCUUCGAAGUGAAAGGCGUCAGGAUCAAACCUAGCAUCGAUCGUUUGAUCCUCGCUUGGCAGAAGGUUGUUUCGCAUCAUGCAAUGCUACGAACAGUUUUCCUGGAGAACCUGACAAGCCAGAACUUGUUUUGUCAAGUCGUUCUCAAGGAAUACAAUCCAGCUCCCGCACUCCUAAGAUGCUCCGAAGAACGUGAUGUGCUGUCAACCUUUGAGAAUCAACAUCCCGUGAACUAUCGUGACCACCGUCCUGCUCAUCGUUUCAGUAUCUGCGAGACAGCAACUGGCAAAAUAUUUUGCCGACUUGAGAUAAGCCAUGCCGCCAUGGAUGGGACGUCCAUUUCCCUGAUCAUUCGAGAUCUGCAACUGGCUUACAGUGGUCAGCUUCGGGACGACCGCAAACCCGUGUUUAAGGAUUACCUGCGGUACUUGCAGAGCUGCUCUCACAAUGCUGGCCUUAAUUACUGGUGCUCUUAUCUUUCCGAUAUUAAGCCGUGCCAUUUCCCCGUGCUCAACGAUGGAAGACCGUCCAACAAGCGGCUCCAAGCGAUUCGUCUAGAUUUCUCAUCCUUGAAAGAGCUUCAGACGCUAUGUGAGAGCAAUGGAUUGACACUUUCUACGGCAUUCAGUACGGCUUGGGGACUUACACUCCGCGCAUUUUGCGGUUCCAACGAUGUGUGUUUCAGCUACAUGGCUUCUUUGAGAGAUGUCUCGGUCGAUGAAAUUGGUUCUGUUGUCGGACCGAUCAUUAAUCUUCUGGCUUGUCGAAUGAAGGUCACAGAGGACGCCUGUCUCAAAGACGUCUUGAAUCAAGUGCAAAACGACUACAUGGAGAGUCUACCUUACAGGCACACUUCCCUCAUUGAUAUCCAGCAUGCCUUGAAACUCUCAGACACGAUCCUGUUCAACUCAGGCAUCUCCUAUCGGAAACUUCCACCGCAGACCCUCAGCAACAGGGAUGAGAUGCGACUUGUAGAGGUGGGAUCAAUUCAUGAUCCCGCGGAAUUCCCGGUAUAUAUCAAUAUCGAAGCCACAGAUGAUGUUGCAUACAUUGACCUCAACUACUGGACGAACUCUCUGUCUGAAGGCCAGGCGCAGAAUGUUGCCAGCACGUUUUUACGGUCCCUCGAAAACAUACUUCACCAUGGCGACGAGAACAUUUGCCGACUGGAUCAAUUGAGCGUACAGAACAAGCAACAGAUCGCUACCUGGAACAACAUUCUUCCUAAGGCUGUUGACAAGUGUAUCCAUGAGAUUCUCGAAGACAAGGCCAAGCAGUGCCCGGAAGCUAUUGUGAUCGCAGCUUGGGAUGGAAACCUCACUUACGCCAAGCUCAAUGAGUUGUCCUCGCUUCUUGCGUUCUAUCUGACCAAGCUCGGCGUGGGACCUGGCCUCUUUGUGCCGAUUGAUUUUGACAGAUCCUCAUGGCAAAUUGUUGCUAUCUUAGCGGUUCUGAGAGCCGGUGGUAUUUGCCUUCCAGUCGACGAAGCUCAAUCAUAUGAUUUUAUGGAGAAGUUGUUGAGUGAGGAGGAUGUUCAAGUCGCUCUUGCGUCCCCGAACAAAGCGCAGCUUCUGGAACGCACAAUUCCUUAUGUCGUGCCCGUUGGAAGGUCACUUUUCGACUACCUUCCUCGCUCCGAUGAUAUACCACACAUCUCACAUAAGGCAACGCACCAGGCUUAUGUUGUGUUUACUGGCGGUAGUGUCAAGGAGCCCAAAGGUGUUACGCUUCAGCAUCUCACGGUUAUGACACGGGCCGAGAGCUUCGCUUCGGCUCUCGAAGUGAAUAAAGCGACCAAGGUGUACCAGUCCGCCACCUACACGUCUGAUAUGUUCCUACAAGUGCUUUUCGGUACGAUGAUGCGUGGUGGUUGUGUUUGUAUUCCAGCCAAUGAUGGAUUCAGCAACCUCCCACAAUCAAUCAAUGCCUCCCAAGCAAACACAAUCAUUAUGACUCCGUCACUCGCAUCUUUGUUGCAGCCAUCCGAGGUCCCCAAUGUGCAGGUACUGGCACUCUAUGGUGAGCUUCUGACAAACCAGGUUAGAAAGAUUUGGUCAGGAAGGGUUCAGUGCCAAACCUCGAGUGAGACAAGGAACCUUGGACUUGCGGCCGGGUGCCUAACUUGGCUUGUUGAUCCUUUGAAUCAUGACCUUCUGGUUCCGAUUGGCAGUGUCGGUGAAGUGGUCGUUGAGGGUCCCGCCAUCGCUGCUGGGUACUUGCUGGACAAUGGGCAUGUUCAGGGAGGUUUCAUUGAGGACCCUACUUGGACUAUGACCUUUGAGCGGGACGAAGCCAGCAAUGACAACGAGAAACGUGAUGAAAACUCGAGACUGACACGACGGAUGUUCAAGACCGGAGACCUGGCACGCUACAACUCGGAUGGCACAUUGGUCUACAUGGGAAGAAAGGAAAGACAAACCCAGAAACUGCAGGUGGACGUAUGGGAAAUCCAACAAUGCAUCGAUGCGUUUUCGUUACCUGACCAUCCUUGCGUUGUGGAGCCGAUUCGCUGCUCAGAUGACCAUGAAUCCACGGAGCACCUGGCUGUCUUCAUCCAAUUCAUGUCAACUCACUUGGAAAAGGCUGAUGGCCAGAGAUCUAUAAUUGGGCAAGCUUCCUCGCAAUUUUCUGAUUUCAUCACCAAAAUGCACACGCAUCUGCUGAGUGCCCUGCCUGCGACUCAAGUUCCGAGGUUGUACAUUCCCGUUCCCAGAAUGCCAUUGACAUCACUUGGUCUGCUUGACCGUCAGCUUCUGAGGAAUGAGACACAGGACCUUCCUGCACGGACACUCCUCGAAUUUGAUCUGAAAGGCUUCCAUGAGUUUUGGCGGGUUGAAUUAGCCAAUCCGAAGACCUCUCCUUCCCAAUCAUUCCCUUCAUCGACGAGUGCUACCCAUAGGAGUUCUACUACCAGCACGUACGAAUGGAACGGCAACAUUGAGUGGCGUGAUAUCAGCAAUUUGGAACGUGCGAGCCUUGAGACUGCGCUUCUUAUCGCAUGGGCCCUCACUUUAUCCGGCUAUACUCGAUCAGACGAUGUCAUAUUUGGAGAAUUGCUUCUCGACCAGCUGGAUUCUACUUCCGAUAAAGCGGCGCCCACCGUGAUUCCGAGAAGAUUUCGAAUGGAUGAGAGUAUGACCAUAGCGGAACUCAUGGGAAAGACUCAAGAGCGCCUAGCAGCUGCUUCUCCCUUCCAGAGAGCUGGACUUCAACGCAUCAGAAACAUCAGCGCGGAUACUUCCCGUGCGUGCAGCUUCAAUAACCUUUUCUGCUUUGCGAGAACCGACUGCGAGGUGCAGAUUCCUGCUCUCGCAUAUCCUUUAGCGAUCUUCUGCAGUGUCGCAAAGUCGGAGCUUCAGCUGAGCGCUUGCUACGACGAAGAGUUUUUGUCUGCUCCUCAGCUUGAGCGUAUUUUGGCACAAUUCGCACGCUACGUUGAAUACUUGAAGACGGAUCUCAGUUCUCAAGAGACGAUCGGUGGCAUGGCUCUCCGCAAGAACCAGACCUCUUACUUGUCCAGCCCUGAUACUGCCUACUGGAGGAAGUACCUUGUUGAUGUCGAGCCCUGUGCUUUCCCUUCUUUGAAUCCGGACAACAAAAGAAGUGGAUUUAACUCGGCAAAACUGGCGAUCGAAAAUCAGGCCAAUUUACGCAGCUUUUGCCAGAAGAUUGAAGUAACCGAGGACAUUGUGCUACAGCUCGUUUGGGGGUUGGUUCUGCGAUGCUAUACCGGUUCAGAAGAAGUCUGCUAUGGUUACUACCUUGAAACACCACAACCAGAAGGAUCGAAGUACCUGAAAGUACUACCAGGCAGGCUUCUUCUCAAGGAUGACUCAGUCUUUGGGUCAAUUGCACAGCAGAGGAAGCGCGAAUUGGAUCAAGCGAUGGAGCACAGUAUUUCCCAGAUGGAAGUGCAGCAUGAACUUGGUCUGGACGUGUAUUCACUCUUCAACACUGUCUUCAAGUUCGACAGGUUUAUCGAGCUUCCCAGUGACAAUAACGGCCUAUCAACCCUGCUGAACGACACCGAGAGAGGCGUCUGCACGGUUGCUGUCAACCCUAGAUUUUCAUCUGUAUCUGCAGAAAUCCUCUUUGAAUACCGGACAGACGCCUUGUCAAAAGCCAAUAUUACGAGUGUCGUUGAUUGCUUCCAGCACAUUCUGGAGGAGAUUAUUGACAAUGACCCUGUCGACCAUAAGAUAGGGGAUAUCAAUUUCUUCAGCGAACGUGCUUGUCAACAAGUACGAGAGUGGAACGCUACGCUACCAGAGAGACCUGACAGAUGCGCACAUGAGAUAAUUGAGCAGCAGGUGCUGAGUCACCCUACUUCGCCUGCAAUCUGUUCGUGGGACGGCGACUUUACUUACGAACAACUCGACCGUCUAUCAACUAAAUUGGCAAAGCAUCUUGUUCGCCUGGGGGUUAAACCCGAGGUGUUUGUUGGAUUAUGCUUUGAAAAGUCCGCUUGGGCAGUCAUCGCACAGGUUGCGGUUCUGAAAGCUGGAGGAGCAUUCGCAUCUCUGGAUCCCACUCAUCCAGAAGCGAGACUUAGGGGCUUGGUUGACGAUAUUGGCGCUCCCGUCGUCCUUUGCUCUGCCAAAUAUCUCGAUAAGGCUCGCCAGAUAUCUCGUGCCGCCUACAUCGUGAGCGAACUAACCCUCAAUGAACUGCCAAACGCAUCGUCUACUGGGUCGUUGACGCAGCCCAGCAUCCACAACGCAGCUUACGCUAUUUUCACAUCUGGAACAACAGGCAAGCCAAAAGUGACUGUUCUUGAGCACAUUGCUCUCAGCGUGUCUGCACCAGCUUUUGCUCGUAGCCUGGGAAUGGACACGACUACCCGUGCUCUGCAGUUCUCCAGUUAUACUUUUGAUGUGAGCAUAAAGGAGAUUAUUAUUGUCCUCAUGACGGGAGGUUGUGUUUGCGUUCCCAGUGAAGAAGAGCGCAUGAACGACCUGGCCGGUGCGAUCAGGAGACUGAACGCCAACUUCGUCAGUUACCCUCCGUCAAUUGCAAACACGAUCCAACCCAAUAGUGUCCCAUCAGUGAGAACUAUUGUUUCGGGAGGUGAAAAGAUGACAGCGAGCCAUAUCAACCGUUGGUCCGAUAGGUGUGUCAUCAACGCGUAUGGGCCCUCUGAGUCGACCAUUAUGGCAACGAUGAGUGUCAAAGUGGAUGAAGCAGGAGUACGCGUUAACAAUGAUUGCAACUCAAUCGGUGCUGCAAUUUGCGGCCGCACUUGGGUGGUUGACCCUAACAACUAUCAGCGUCUUCUGCCUAUCGGGGCUGUGGGUGAGCUGGUACUUGAGGGCUGCAACGUUGCCCGUGGUUACCUCAACAAUGACCAGAAGACAAAAGAAGCAUUUAUCAGUGAGCCUGCCUGGACGAAGGCCCCAGGCUUUCAGGGAAUAUUCAAGAGAAAGGAGCGCAUGUAUCGGACUGGUGAUCUUGUCCGCUAUAAUCCGGAUGGCACAAUUUGCUUCAUCUCGCGCAAGGACACCCAGAUCAAGUUCAACGGUCAGCGCAUUGAACUGGAAGAAAUCGAACAACAAUGCAUCUCUUAUCUUCCUGGAGGCACUCAGGUGGCUGUCGAGGUUGUCGAGCCUGAAUCGAAGACAGUUGCUAGAUCCAUCGCAGCAUUCUUUACUUUUGACGAUCAAACUGGACUAGACAGAGCUGAUCUGGAUUCUCAAUUGCUCGUUCCUAUGUCAGAAGCAACAGGCGAAAAGGUCAGAAAGCUUAGGGAGGCCUUGACCAAGGCUCUGCCAGCAAGUUUGAUACCAAAGCUUUUCUUCCCAGUCUUCCGCCUGCCUUUCUCAAACUCGGGAAAGCUCGAUCGCAAGAAGCUACGAGCAACAGUUGAGACUCUGCCCAAAGAUCAGCUCAAGCCUUACGUUACAUUGACAGCUGGCUCCAGACAAGUGUCUGACGAGGGAGUUGAGGGGAUACUCAGAAGCCUCUGGGAGGAAGCUCUGGGCCUUGCGGCAGGUUCUGUCAGUGCUGAAGACAGUUUUUUCAGCUUAGGUGGUGAUUCUUUCUCCGCCAUGAAGCUUGUUGGAGCCGCCAAUUCUCGGGGAAUCUCUCUCACGUUUGCCAACGUUUACGAGGACCCAGUCUUUAUGAAUAUGGCUAAGCGUUGCGGCAUGUUGCAAGAAACGUCCAGCAGACAGACUGUGACUCCGUUUAGCCUGCUGCCUUCCGCAGUCGAUCGUGAACAACUCUUGGAGGAAGUCGCAGAUCAAUGUGACGUACCUCGAGCAUCUAUUGUCGAUCUUUACCCAUGCAGCCCUGUACAGGAGGGUCUCAUCACUUUGUCAGUCAAGCAGAACGGUGCUUAUAUUGCUCAGCCAAUUUUCCGGCUCUCAGACGGAAUAGAUCUCGAGAAGUUCAAAGCUUCUUGGCAACAGGCUGUGGACGAGUUGGAUAUCCUGCGGACUCGUAUUGUAUAUACUGAGUCUUUGAACUUCUUGCAGGCAGUUGUGGACAAAGAGGAGAUCUCUUGGGUCUCCGCAACCGCUCUGGAUGAAUUGAUAGCUGAGAGCCCCGAGCUGCCGAAACACAAUGGCGGGCGGUUGGCUGGUUACGCAAUUGCCGAAUCACAGACUGACCGGUUCUUCUGUUGGACAAUCCAUCAUGCGCUGUACGAUGGAUGGAGUAUCCCGCUCGUCCUGCGGAGAGUGGAGGAAAUUUACACUAAUUCUACGGCCAGUGCCCGAACGGCUCCCUACAGCUUGUUCAUAAACUAUUUGCUGGAGCGAAACAUGUCAGACUCUGACGAGUACUGGAAGUCUCAACUGGCCAACCUGUCAUGUUCUCCAUUCCCACAAAGCAAGAACUCCCUGCCGGACUCUGUCCGAGUAGGAAAUCGGCAUCACAGCAGCAUGAAGAUCUCUCGAGCCGCGAGCGGAGUUGAUCUGACACUACCCGAGCUUAUUCGUGCUGCGUGGGCGAUUGUUAUCUCGGCUCAUACUGGAUCAGGUGAUGUAUGCUUCGGCGAGACCCUGAUGGGAAGAAAUAUCGACCUUGCGGGUGUUACAGAUAUUGCUGGACCCGUUCUCACCACGGUUCCCACGCGUAUCCAAGUCGAGAACGAGCUUCCCAUCACCCAGUAUCUGGAGAAUGUGCAUCAUCUGACCACCACAAUGCUUCCUCAUCAGCAUUCAGGACUACAACGAAUUCGAAAACUCAAUAGUGACACAGCAUCGGCUUGCGAAUUUCAAAAUCUGCUUGUCAUUCAGACUGGAGAGGGUCAGUUGCACAAAGGCUUGUGGGUGGCUGAACCAAACCAAACAAGCGGAGACUUCUUCACUCAUCCACUUGUCGUCGAAUGCAAGGUUACCACUUCUGAGGUGUCGAUUACGAUGCACCAUGACGAAAUCGUGCUGAACAGCUGGCAGACUGAGAAGCUUAUCGGGCAUUUCAGCUUUGUGCUCGAGCAGCUGCUGUCCAUCAGCAAGGGUGAUACAAGGAAGCUGAGCGAGCUCGAGAUUUUCAGCCCGCUUGAUAGAAACGAAGUCGCCUUAUGGAACAAGAGGCACCCCGAGGCCGUGGAGAAAUGUGCUCACGAUAUCAUUUCCGAGAGAUGCUCUACCCACCCCGAUGCUCCAGCUGUAUGUGCUUGGGAUGGCGAGGUCACAUAUAGAGAGAUGUGCGCACUCGCAUCGUCUUUCGCGUCCUAUCUGGUCUCUCGUGGCGUUGGACCAGAGACUAUGGUGCCAAUUUGCCUUGAUAAGUCUCUAUGGGCAAUCAUCACUAUUCUCGGGAUCUUGAUUGCUGGUGGUGCCUACGUACCCCUCGAUCCUGCUCAUCCAACAUCGAGACAUGAAGAAAUCCUCGCCGAAGUGGAUGCUCGUAUUCUUCUUUGCUCCUCUCAAUAUCAGAGUCGUUACUCGGGCAUUGUCAAAACAAUCAUUCCCGUCAGUAAGGAGACGAUCAGAGCUUACGGUGCCCUGAAUGGUCAGGCGAAGGGACAAAGCCGUGUCUCGCCGUCCAAUAUGGCCUACGCAAUCUUCACAUCAGGAAGCACUGGUCGUGCCAAGGGUAUUAUCAUCGACCACCGCGCACUGGCAAGCAGCGCUAUGGCAUUCGGGCCGAUUGUGCACCUGAAUGAGACUUCUCGUGCUUUCCAAUUUGCGUCUCUUACCUUCGAUGCGGCAGUCAUGGAAAUUCUAGCUACUCUGAUGCACGGAGGAUGCAUUUGUAUCCCAAGCGAGGACGAGCGCCUGAAUGAUGUCGCCGGCGCCAUUCGGCGUAUGAAUGUCACUUGGACUUUCCUGACUCCAUCGAUAGCCAGCAUUAUCGAGCCGUCAACCGUUCCCUCCCUGGAAGUGCUUGCCUGUGGAGGAGAGAAAUUGUCACGCGAAGUUGUGACAAAAUGGGCGCAUCGCGUGAAACUAAUCAACGGAUAUGGACCCACGGAGACAACCAUCUUCGCUGUCUUGAAUAACGUAUCCCCAACCACCGAUCCUGCCUGCAUUGGUUACGGAAUACCUUGUACUUUGACCUGGGUUGUCGAUCCCGAAAACCACGAUCGACUUACCCCCUUGGGAGCCAUCGGAGAACUGGCUUUGGAGGGUCCUGCUCUGGCAAGAGAAUAUCUCAAGAACCCCAAGAAGACCGCUGAGGCAUUCGUGGAUGAGCCCGCAUGGAUGAAGCAUUUCCGGUCGACCCUGCCGUCUCCGCGAAGAAUAUACAAGACUGGAGAUCUUGUCCGGUAUAAUCCUGACGGAUCGGUGGAAUACAUCAGCCGCAAAGACCACCAAGUCAAGCUUCAUGGACAGCGUAUGGAGCUCGGCGAAAUUGAGCAUCGGUUACAUGAGGAUGACAGCGUCCGUCAUGCUGUUGUCAUCCUGCCCAAGGAGGGUCUUCUUAAGGGGCGUCUGGUCACAAUCCUCUCCCUGAACUCUCUGAAAUCAGAUUCGAGCAUCAUAUCUGAUAACGCAUGCGAGCUCAUCAGUCGAGAGAAUCUGGCGAGAGUCGCGUAUCCUGAACUCAUCACGAUUCAGAAGAAUCUCGAGGCCCAGUUGCCCAUUUACAUGGUUCCCCAAACCUGGGCUGUCAUCAAGAAGUUGCCAAUGCUUGUUUCCGGAAAACUGGACAGAAAGAAGAUCACUCACUGGAUUGAGCAUAUUGACGAGCCAGCGUAUGACAGGAUCAUGCAAGACUAUGACAACAUCAAGAGGGGUCAUGUUGAGGACAGCGUCAGGGAAGAUAAGAACACAUCUGUCACUAUCUUACAAGACAUCUACGCCCAAGUACUCAACCUCCCUUCAAACAAGGUUGAUCCCAACCGGUCGUUCGUGAGCCUUGGUGGCGAUAGCAUUACUGGCAUGGCUGUCAUUUCUCGAGCUCGCAAACAAGGGCUUAACCUGACACUUCAUAAGAUCCUUCAAAGCAAGUCAAUCGUUGAGCUGACCCAAGCAGCGGAAGUCAAGACCUCGAGCAUUCAAGUCGAGGAAAAGGCGGAUGAAUACUUCUCACUUUCUCCUAUUCAAAACUUGUACUUCAAAUCAUCACGCACAUUCAAGGAAACGGGUCGCUUCAAUCAGAGUAUGACUGUGCGCAUUACUCGAAAAGUUGGGCCAAACGUCAUCAAGGAUGCACUGAAGGCAAUUGCCAACCAGCAUUCCAUGCUUAGGGCAAGAUUCAGCAGAUCUGCUAUUGGAAAAUGGCAGCAACGGAUUACCAAUGAUGUCGAUUCAUCUGUUCGUGUUGGUAUUCACGCGGUCAUGAGCUCCCAUGAGAUGUUGAGCAAGAUUGCCAAUACCCAGUCGUCUCUGGAUAUCGAGAAUGGACCGAUCCUUGCGGCUGAUUUGUUCAACAUUAAUGGUGACGAACAAAUCCUUUUCCUUGUGGCCAAUCACCUGUGUGUCGAUAUGGUUUCAUGGCGCAUUAUCCUUCAGGACAUGCAAGAAUUUAUCGAAACCGGCUCGCUGCCUUCUGAGAAACCGUUUUCUUUCCAGAGCUGGUGCAAACUGCAACUCGAAAAUACCAGAUCUGAAACAGAUGAGGCCAAGCUUCCAUUUGCCAUUGAGCCUCCGAACCUUAGCUACUGGGGUAUGGAGAGCGUGCCCAACCACUAUGGACAAAUCAGGAUGGAAUCAUUUUUCGUGGACGAAGACAUUACUUCAUUUAUUCUGGGUGCCUGCCACGAGACGCUGCGCACAGAAACGAUCGAUAUUCUCCUCGCCGCAGUUGCGCAGUCAUUCUGUCGGGUCUUCACAGAUCGCGGAAUGCCAACCAUAUAUAACGAGGGUCACGGUCGUGAAUCGUGGGAUUCCAACCUUGAUCUCUCACGGACUGUGGGUUGGUUCACCACAUUGUGCCCACUGCAGGUCGACGAAUGUUCAGAUUUCAUCGACACGGCAAAACGCGUCAAGGACCUAAGACGGAAGAUAAAGAACAAUGGGCGAUCUUACUUCGCUCGCAGCCUUCUCCAGUCCAGUAAUACCGAGCCAUCGGAGUUCCCUGUUCCGUUGGAGAUCGUCUUCAACUAUCUUGGCCGACUGCAGCAACUGGAGCGCGAUGACUCUCUUUUCAAGCACUAUGGAGAGGCGUUCGACGAGGAGAAGUUCAGAUUAGCUGGAGACAUGGGUCCAGAUACACCCCGGUUCGCCCUCCUGGAGAUCUCAGCACUGGUCGUCAAUGAUAAGCUUCAGGUCUCGUUCACGUACAAUCGGCAGAUGAAACGUGAAAAGCAGAUCUUCGAAUGGAUUUCAGAGUGCAGGAGAGUACUUGAGAGAGAUGUGCUUCGUUUCAAGGAUUCCGUCCCGGAACCAACACUCAGCGACUUCCCCUUGCUCCCUAUAACCUACGAUGGGCUCAAGAAACUCACGAGCACAACGCUGCCAAGAGCAGGGAUAAAGGCCUGGAGCCAAGUAGAGGAUAUCUAUCCAUGCUCGUCAGUGCAAGAGGGUAUUCUCCUGAGCCAGCUUCGGGACCCCAGUGCGUACAUGUUCCAUGUGAUCUUCGAAGUGCGCUCUCCUGAAGGAAGCUCCAAAGUAGAUCCAAACAGUCUUCGAAGCGCAUGGUCAGCAGUUAUCAACCGGCAUCCCAUCCUGAGAACCCUGUUCAUCGACAGCAAUUACGCAAACGGUACCUUCGAUCAAUUGGUGCUCAGGAAAGUCCAGGAAGGAGCAAUCACUCUUCACUGCAACGAUUCCGAUGCUCUUGCCAAGCUCGAUGCAGUCAAACUAAGUGACAUGAACGCCGGACGAAACUCACAGCUGUUGCACCAGUUGACAAUUUGCAGUACCCAUUCUGGACGGGUGCUUAUCAAACUGGAAAUGAACCAUGCCAUCAUAGAUGGCGGAUCAGUUGAUCUGCUUUUGAGAGAUCUAGCAAUGGCAUACAAGCAUCGGCUGCCAGAAGGAUCCGGGCCGCACUUCAGUGACUAUAUCAAGUUCAUCCGCGGGAAAUCUCAAGACCAAGCUUUAUCCCACUGGAGGCAAUACUUGUCCGAUGCUCGUCCGUGCCAUCUGACGUUCUCCGAGGAAGCAAGUGAUAGCCGUCAAUUAGGAUCAGUGAUGGUGCCGUUCAGCAGGUAUUCCGAGCUGCAACAAUUCUGUGAGAAGAACUCCGUAACACUUGCAAAUCUUACACUCGCUGCAUGGGCAAUCGUCUUGCAGAGCUUCACGGGUUCGGAUGAUGUUUGCUUUGGUUACCCUUCUGCCGGUCGUGACGCUCCAGUUCCGGGGAUUCAAGAAGCAGUCGGAAUAUUCCUCAACAUGCUCUGCUGUCGAGUCAGGUUCUCACCAGGGAAGACUCUGUUGGAAAUUUCAAAGACAGUGCAAGACGACUACAUCAAGAACCUUCCAUACCAGGAUUGUUCUCUCGCAAGUAUUCAGCAUGAACUUGGGCAAAAAGAGCUCUUUAACACGACAAUCUCCAUUCAAAACCACCACGCCGUCUCGGAAGAAUCUGGAAACGACUUGCUCUCCUUCAAUGUACAGAAGGCGCAUGACCCGACAGAGUACCCUGUCACCGUGAACGUCGAGACUGCCAAAGGCCACGAAGGGAUCUUGCUACGAUACUGGACCGAUGCUGUGCCCGGAGACAAAGCAAAUGAUCUUGCAGAUGCCAUUGCCAAUAUUUUCAGUUGCUUCAUUGACAAGCCGUCUCAGCUAGUCUCAGAGUUGAACCUCCGUGGCGGACAAUGGAUGAAGGGGCACUCCUCGGGAGCUGGCCAAUUCAUUGACAGCAAGUCCCUUCAGGAGCUGAUCGAUCGCCGUGUCACUGAAAUAAUUAGCCAAAUGCUCAAGGAAGGAACACUGGCCAUACCCGCCGUUGAGAGUGGAAAGGGCCGGUUCAAGGAGACGACCCCCGUCGAACCCGUUCAUGUUGCGGUUAAGGCGAGAAGCGUGCCCCGUGAAAGAGAUCUCUCUGACUCGACGGCAACUCUCACAGAGGAUCACUCAAAGUUAGCGGACCUAGAAAAAAGAUUAUGGAAACUUUGGUGCUCGGCAUUGGGUCUGUCAUCCCACACUAUCCAACACCAGGCGAGCUUCUUCAAAUUGGGCGGUGAUAGUAUAACUGCGAUGAAGAUGGUCAGCGCUGCGCGCGAAGCUGGGCUGACAUUGACUGUGGCUGAUGUUUUCAACAAUCCUGUCUUUGAAGAUAUGCUGGCGGUCGUCAGUGCUUCCAACAGUUCGUCUGCUUCGGAACCUGACUCUCAGACCGACAGUGACAAUGAGAGGCAAGCAGAACCUCCUAAGAUGGUUGAGCAAGAGCGAAACCCACCGCCACCGGAGAUUUCACUCUUGAAGACCGUUCCUUUGAACGACAGCGCUCUGCAGAAUGCAAUAUGCCCGAAGAUCGGUGUGUUUAAAGGAGGUAUUGCCGACGUUUUGCCUGUUACAGACUUCCAAUCCAUGUCGAUUACGGCUACAUUGUUCAAGUCCCGCUGGAUGUUGAACUACUUUUUCUUCGAUGGACGAGGAUCGCUGGAUCUGAGAAGGUUGAGGGAGAGCCUCUUGCGCGUUGUUGAUGCUUUCGACAUACUCCGAACGGUCUUUGUCUGCUUCAAUGGCCAAUUCUUCCAAGUGGUGCUUAGAAAAAUACGGCCAAAUAUCUUUAUUCACGAGACCGAGAAGAGCUUGGAUGAGUACACUGAGUACCUCCAACAGCAAGAUCGCGAGCAGGAGGCGCGGCAAGGAGAACAGUACGUGCAGUUCUACGUCGUGAAGAAGAAGGGCAGCAACCACCACCGAAUCCUGAUUAGAAUGUCGCAUGCUCAAUUCGACGGACUAUGCCUGCCCACCAUCAUGUCAGCCAUCAAAUUGGGAUAUGAGGGCAGUACUCUGCCCCCGGCUCCUUCAUUUGCAAAUUACAUGCGCAUGCUGUCGGGAGCAAUCACCCCAGACCACUAUCAGCACUGGACAAACCUGUUGAAGGGAUCGAGAAUGACGCAGGUAAUUCGAAGAACCGAGGAGAAUACCUAUCGCUAUAUUGGUGCUUUCACGGAGCAAAGAAAGACUCUGGAGAUCCAACCCUCAGUCCUUGAGAAUGUCACCAUUGCUACCGUCAUGCAAGCAGCAUGGGCGGUUACGCUCGCCAAGCUGUCCGCUCAGUCAGACGUCGUCUUCGGACUCACGAUCAGCGGCAGAAAUACUUCAAUCCCAGGCAUUGAAAACACCGUUGGCCCAUGUCUCAAUGUGAUCCCAAUUCGAGUCACUUUCAAAGAGGGCUGGACUGGUGUAGAUCUGUUCCGCUAUCUACAAGAUCAGCAGAUCGCAAAUAUGCCCUUCGAAGCCUUGGGUUUCAGAGAGAUCAUCAGGCGCUGCACUGACUGGCCCAGCUCGACAUAUUUCGCCACCUCGGUCUUCCACCAGAAUGUCGGAUAUGAGGGCCAGAUGCAGCUAGACAACACUACCUACAGAAUGGGAGGCGCCGGUGUCGUUGACAAUUUCACUGACAUGACGUUGUUCUCCAAGUCGUCCAGCGACGGUAAACUGGGUGUCUCUCUAGGGUACUCAGAGAAGGGCCCCAUUAGCCCUAAAUUCGCUGCCAAGGUCCUGAACAUGGUCUGCGACACCGUGCAAAGCCUGCUGGCCAACUCCCGUAUCGGCCUUCCUUCCCCAUCCAUGCUCCGCUCAUUACCUUGUCAAGCCGUCCCGGACGUCCCCAGGAUGUCCGAUGAGAUGUUCCUCUCCUCACAUCUGAAGGACCGGAGCAUCUCGGAUAUCCUCGUCCACUCCGACGUCCUGACUCAGGCCUGGCAGCAAGUCCUCCCUCGCAAUAAUGCCGACGAGCCCCAAUCCGCCUUCCAGCUAGACUCGUCCUUCUUCGAACUUGGAGGCGAUGUCUUCGACAUGGCACAGGUCGUCUGGCUCCUCGACCAGGAAGGACUCCAGGUUCGCAUCGAGGAUCUUCUUGAACACCCCACCUUCCUCGGGCAGAUGGCCGUCUUGACCCUGCACAACCCACGGAAGAGCGAUUCCAUGGAAGAAAUCGUGCCCGUUGAGGAGAUUCCUUUGCCUGCCGCGAGGACUGGCACUUCGAGUUCGCUAGGGAAAGCAUUGACUCUGGCGAAAAAGGUCACAAGAUGGAGCUCGCUGGCGGCUCGAGGGUGA